AAAAUGUGCAUCUGAUUGCAGUUGUCAGUUUUUGAUCCAUCGCCUUCCAAAUUGAAAGUGUUGUUAAAUUAUCCCUAAAAAAAUCAAGUGAAACCCACAAAAAAAAUGUGCCACUGUCCCACGGUCUGUUGCCAGUACCGGCCCGUUCCCCCGUUCAGCUACCAGUCGCUGCAGUGCGGCACCAUCGUGUACGGACCACCGCGUAUCGCAAUCUAUCGGCGCCAGUGGCCUCCGUGCCGGUCCCUGUUCCGAAAGUUCUUUCUCCGCGGCGACAUUCCCAUCAGGCGAAACUACAAAAACCUGACGCCACGGCCACGCCGCUUCAUAGAAUGGGUGGUAAAGCCGGAGCUGUUGGACUACCAGCGCUAUCUGCCACUGUUCUUCGAUGGACUAUGUGAAUCGACCUUCCCCUAUCGGGAGUUUGCCCGAAACGGUGUCCGGGACAUGAUUGCGGUUGCCAAGGAGAGGCAGUUGCUGUGCUGCCUACCGAUGCUGAUCCUGCCGGCUAAACGGGCCCUGAAUACGAAAGAUCCGGACGUUAUAAUUGCCACUCUGAGAGCCCUCCAGCAGCUGGUGCAAGCGGGACCAUGGGUUGGUUUGGCCCUCGUUCCCUACUACCGGCAGCUGCUCCCCAUACUGAACCUAUUCCGCGACUUCAACGUGAACAUCGGCGACCGCAUUGACUUCCAGGGAGGCCACCGAUUGGGCGACGUUAUCAACGAGACACUGCAAGUGCUGGAACGUCACGGUGGGCCCGAUGCCUAUCUCAACAUCAAAUACAUGGUACCUACGUACGAGAGUUGUGUGCUGAACAAGUGAAAUCUGUGCAGGAUUUUAUUUAUUUUGUUUGGCUGGCAAUGAAAGUUCCGAUGAAAGCGCAUCGAUCACCGGCGGAAAAUUGGACGAAAUAUAUCAAACUUCUGUCGAAAGAAGCGAUAAAUCGGGUUUCUGCGGACGCACAACGAAGCAUUAAUGAAAAUAAGUAGCCAAAAAUAUGUUUCGAAAUGAAUACACUGUUUUUUCUCCA